AUGGACGAAAUGGAAAUGCAGAUGAACCGACGGACGUGGACAGCUCUACUGGAGAUGGGUGGUAUACUUGGAGAAGAUGAACAUGAGAAGUCGUCGGAAGAUGUGAAUAGUACGGUUCAAUUGGUUUCAACCAAAUCGACAUCAUCUUUCCUUGUUGGAUGCACUCUGAGGGCACGAAACUGGAGAGUUAGUAUGCCAUUUCCAAAAAAUCAUACUAGAUUGGGAGUAGUUUCUCUGGUGAAUACAGAAUUGGAGUCGACAAUGGAGCUCAGUGAAAGUAAUUCGAAUACACUGGCGAUAAAGUUGAUGGUCGAUGGAUUGAGAAUCGAUGAUUCGACGCCUUUCUUUUCAGAAAUCUAUUCCGAACGCCUCAUUAUGCUUGAUGAGCAGUUUGAGAAUACGUCAAAUGGAUUCGGCGUGGCUCCGACUACAAAACGGAAGUUGGAUGACUCCAAACGAAUUGUGAUAGACGUCGUCAAAUAUCUGGGAGAUGAUCCGAAUCGCGAGUGUGACAUAUCAAUUGGAUUCCAUGUGCCGUCGAAUCAAAAAGUUUAUUAUGUACAUACACAUAGAUUCUUUUGUGCUCUCAUGGACUUCUGGAUGCAGUUCAACGAAUUGAUGAACAUCGUCACGAAAAGCAAGAAGCUGAAAAUUGAGGAGAGUGCCCGGUCGAAAUGUUCGUUGAAUGUGGAUGUUCAGUGUGCAACUUCAUUCAUGAUGCCAUUGAACUCAACGUCUCCUGAUAUUCUGCUAUGGCAAGCAGAUGCAGUUAUUUUGAAGAACACAUUCAAGACACUUUCUGCUCUCAAAGCUGAAAUUUUUGACAAGUAUUCCGUGGAGAGUGAUUAUGGAUAUGAUUCAAAAAUUGACUGCCUUCUCGAUUACGGUGACAUGAUUUUAUCAAAUGUCCGUGCUCACGAAGCUCGUCAGGUCGAUCGUUUACAAAACUUGAAACAUAUGAAGCAUAUCGGAGAAAAAGCAUUCCAGCAGACUGCUUUCGUGCUGACCAGUCCGAAUGUUUUCUCGCGAAGAUUCGAUCUGAAUAACAAGUUCCUUCGAAAUCUAGAUUCCGUUUUCUCGAAGAAUGCACCGGAUUUAACAAUUAUCACUCGAAUCAGUGGAUUGAAAUGGAGAAUGACAACACAAUUCUAUGUUUUGAUGAGAGCAGUGAUCGAGAAGAACUUUGGAGAACCGCUGAUCCCUGUACCGGAGACGAUUCCAAUCGAAAUUCUUCAACUUCCAACAGACGUCAUUGAGAUAGAAAGUCGAUUGAAAUAUGCGACGCUAUCAUUUCGAAUGGUUUUCGAAGACGUCGAUUUGAAUUUAGAAGUUCCUAGAACACUGGGAGAAAAUCGAAAGGCAAUUCUGAAUGGAGAAUGGAAACCAUUUGCAAAUGUCAAGUUAGAGAGAGCUCGAAUUUCUUUCGAUUCAUUUGAAGACAGUCAAUCAGAGUUGGAUCUGAUUUGCGAAAGAAUCGAACUUGUCGACACAACGAACAAUGAUCCUAAAAAUUGUUUCCCAGUGAUUUUGCAGCACACGGAUUCAGGAAAACAGUCUCGACCGGCAACUCCUGUCACUACAUCAAUAAACUCGUCACUGAUGCUAGAAGCACACAUAAUGAUGAAAAAGGAUGAAUGCCCUGUUCUGACUCUAGUUGUUUGUAAUGCUCGUGUCAUCCUGGCGUAUGAUUGGCUUGAUGAUCUAAAACAGUUUCUGAUGCUCUACACGGAUUUCCUUCCGAAGUGUAAGCUUUUUAUUAUCACAACUCCAAUCAACUAUCUGAUACUUUUUGCAGAUACUGAUGAGAUUCCCUACCAGCUCACUGCAUCUGGACGUCGUCAGACUUUCUCUAAAACCCACGGAGGAGCGAUAGUGGAACGUAAUCCAAACUCUGCUCAUGAAUCUCCAUCGUCAACAACUCCUACGUUUUCUGUAAAAAUAACUCUUCGAGACUCUGAUCUAUAUCUUCUCGAGAAUCCAUUUUUCAAGAACAGUUUUGCGAUGAUCGCUUCAACAACAGCAGUUUUGAAUAUGAAUGAUAUUGGUGGUCACAUUUCCGCAAAUUUGGAAAUUCAGUCGAUGAGAUUAGGAUGGUGUUCCAUGCAGAAUGAGAAACAAACGAGGAACUUGUGCUCGAACGAUUUUUCGAUCACAAUAUCGUUGAACAUCGAUCCAAUGUCUUUGUCGAAUCAGUCGAAUCAGAACAAGGGAAUGGCUGUAACACCUCCAGUUAGACACGCUCUUGAGAUCGAAGUUGUAAAAAUGAUCUGCCGCUUAUCCUACAAGGACUCCCGAGCGUUGAAAGCAAUCAUCACAGGAUACAUAAAAAACUACGUGGACGUUCAGAAGAAGUUGAUCAUCCCGAUCAUCGUCCCACCUCUUCCUGCGAAACCAAUCGACAUAGCAAAGUUCUUGAUUCAAAGUGAGCACACGGAUCUAUGGAUUCUUGAUGAUUUGCAAUCAAAUUCGAUUCCAUUGCUAAGACUAUCAGUUGCUAAUGUGCGCUUGGAAAAGGCCGGAGAACGGAUAAAAGCUGCGUUCCACAUUUCAAUGGACUAUUUCAAUCAGAGAAUUUUCGGUUGGGAACCAGUAAUUGAAGAAUGGCGAAUCCUGCGGUUCCUAUCAAACACCAAGGACCUGAAACAAUCGAUUGAGUUGGUUGCUGAAUCUAAAAGCACGUUGAAUAUCAACAUAACGGAGCAGUUGAUCCAACAAUCGAUUCAAUGGAAUUCGAAACUUCCAGCUAUUCUUGCCUCGUUCGAACGGGAUGACUUCAGAAAUCAGUGUACACGAUCGAGUAGUGAUCAUCUUCCAUAUGCAAUGAAGAACGUGACUGGCUGCGAAGUUCAUUUUACAACAGCAGUUGAGGAUGUUUUGUCUGCUAGAUCAGAACAAAGAAAAUCAACGACAAGAUGGAUGACAGUUGGAAGAGGACAAGAGAAGAAUUUUGAAUUCCCGGCACGUCUCCUACUGUAUUCUCAUCUCGAACGAGAACCACCUCGUCAAUUGAUAGUCAGGGUGUCUGGAUGGGAUGAAAUAUCACCGGUGAAUGUGGAUUCAUGUGGAACCUACUUCCGAGUUGUCAAAGCACUUCGUCCAGAGCUCAAAAACGCACGUCUUCUGAUUGCAGUGACAAUGGAGAAUGAUGGAAAAAAGGUUGUAACUUUGAAAUCAUCAAUUGAUGUUACCAAUCAUCUUCCCCACCCAAUCGCAGUACAAACUGAAGGAGCACAAGGCGGUGAGCUAAUGAGCGUGGAACCAAAUGGAGUUGUAUCAGUACCCCUGGAAUAUGCCCACUGUCCUCUGACUGCUUAUCCUGUUGGACCAUUGCCGGUGAUUGAGCAUGCUGGGUUAUCAUGGAAGGAUGUGAAGAUAUCUGGAGAAGUGUGCAAUCAAACACAACGACUCAAAACUCGUUCUGACUCGAAUCUCAACCGAUACUACUGGGUGUGCACGGCCAUUCGCAGAGAGUACUAUCCGGAACACGAAUUCGAAUCUCUUCCUGGUCAUUCUAUUCAUUUGGUCGCCCCACUCUCUUUACAAAAUCUACUUCCCAUUGAUGUAGAAGUCAAGAUCCAAGACAACGUGUUCGCAAUCGCAGCAAGUAAAUCGAUGCUCAUCACUUCUGUUGAUAUCACAAAGGAACUUUCAAUCAGCGUUACUACUGAUCGACUCACUUCCCUAACUCCGCUCACUCUGAACAAGGCAUCUAUCGGAGAAGGAACUCUUUUCACCACAAAGAUGGUUGACGCCAAAGGACAUCUUCUUGAUAUCUACUGUCAUGUCAGACGAGGAGUUGCUCAGGCGCUAUCCGUAUCACUAUGGGUACCAUACUGGAUUGUGAACAAAUCUGGCCUUCCGCUCAUCAUUCAACAAGAGGCUGUGAAAUCAGAGUCAGCCGGACAAAUGGAAGAACAUGAAAAAGCAAAGGAUCGGCAUCCACUAAUGUUCUCAUUCGCUGAUGAAAAUUGCCCAAAGGCUUGCCGUGUGAGAGUUGGAAACGCAUACAUUUCGGAAAAAGGAUAUCGGGCAAUGCUCAGUGACAAAUUCACCCUCACUCCUGGUGUGCAGGCGUUGAAGUUGAGAGUCGAGCACAAAACAAAACCAACGCUCUAUUACAAUAUUGGAGUUGAAGUACGCCCUGGAACAGGCAGAUACAAAGAUACGCAAGUGGUACUCUUGACUUCUAGAUUUAUUCUACAAAAUCAGUCAUCAGUGGCAGUGUCUGUUUGUCAUUAUGAUUUAGUUGAGAGAGAAAAGGAACACGUGCAUUUGGCUGCUCAAUCAUCAACAACUUGGAAUGAGAACUAUGCUGCUCGUCGGAUGCUCUGUGUACGUCGAGCGGAUGUGAAGCACUGGAGUUGUCCGUUCCUGAUCGAUCGAAUCGGAUCAUUCCAUGUCACAAUGCGAGAUGCUGAUGAGACUCCACGAUUCAUCCGAGUUGAAAUCAUUCUGACUUCAGCUGUAUUCCAAAUCACAUUCACCAACGCUGACUUUUACCCACCACCUAUCCGUAUCGAGAACAUGACCGAUGUACCAGUGUUGUAUCAGCAAGAAUGCAAUACUCCUGCCAGACCACAUCUUCGAACAAUUUGCAAAUCGAAAAGUGUGGUGGACUAUGCAUGGGAUGAUUUGUAUGGGAAGAAAAUGAUGGUUCUGCAAGUGUUCGAGAAUCGUAGUAAAUCGUAUGAGAUCGGAGUUCCUGGACCAGCUGAACCACUGGUUUAUGAGAACAACUCGUACAUUCAACUUGCUCACAGCUUUCAUCUACGAAGUGGAUCAAAAACAGGUGGAUAUACAGAUGAACAGGAAUUGGUUUUGGAGACGAUGCAGAAAGGAAAGAUUAUGUUAAAUAAACAAUGCCGAACGGAAGACAAUCAGUUAUGGAAGUUGUGCCCAGAUGGUUGCAUUGAGAAUGUCGGUAUGAAUCAUCGGAAGAGACCUGACUCAAGACUAGUUCUGGAUGUUCUCGAAAAUGCAGGAGGUCGAUUAAUGAUGAUGGAAAGAGACAAGAGUAGGAACAAGUGGCAACGCUGGACAUGGAUGCCUGACGGAAGACUUUGUUUGAUUGAUAAUCCACAUUUAAUGAUGACUUCGAAACAGACGGAGGUUACUGUAGUUGGUCCUGACGAGUUGGCUCCGAAAGGAGAAGAUGGAGUAGCAGUAACACAAAUAUGGAAAGUGCAGAGACAACGACCGGGAAGUGGCACAUUGGGAGUGGAAUUUUUGCAUUCAGGACCAACUGUCGUCAUCCGAAUCACUGAUAGAGAGUUCCAAACAAGAGCUGUUUCUGAACCGAUGAUCCAAUCAGUGAAAAAACUUGCUAUCUUGGAUGUCAGUAUCACAAUGCGUGGCGGUCUAGGAAUUUCGGUUGUGAACGGUCUGCAAGAAGAACUGAUUUAUGCGCAUUUUGGAGGGAUAGUCGUCAGCGCACGGAAAAUCGACAAGACAUAUCAGAUGACUGGAAGUGUGGAUGUUAUUCAAAUCGAUAAUCAGUUACUCUCAUCUGAUAGAUGGCAAGUCCUGUACUGUCAACCGGACGCUGGAAACUAUGAAGACCAAAUGGUAGAUUUGCCGGCGGGUGUUCCAGUGACCGGUCGUCCUGCUUUGAAGUUGGAAAUGAAUUGCACCUCAAUGAAACACUACGAUUCGUUUGACUGUUUCCGAUUAAAAGUGUGUGAUAUGAGUGUCCAAUUGGAUGAGCUUCUCCUGUGGAAGGUUGUUCAAAUGGCCCAAUCAUCGGAUGCUUCUUCUUCUGUUCAACAGAGAGCUCUCAAUUUACCACCCAAUACAGAGCUGGAGCGACAUGAUCCACUUAGAACUAGAAGGUGGUAUUUUGGUACACUCGAUCUUGAAAUUGGUCAUGUUGGUUUGAGUGUUGUUACUGUCCCGAAAUCAGGGCUCCCGCGAGAUCUGCGUCUCCUCAAACAACAGUUCAAUAUGAAGCUGAUUUCAUUCGAAAACGCUUCCGUUUCUCUACCUCCGUUCCGACAAUAUCACUACUUUGAAACAUCAUCAUUCCUAUUAGAAACUCUUCAAAAGUUCUAUCUCGCCGAACUGCAAAAAGAAACACUGAGCAUUAUCGUCACUCUGGAUGCUUUUGGAAACCCACUUGGACUUGUCACGGAUCUCAAAGACUCAUUCCAAGGAUUGUUCAUCGAAGGUGAUGUUCAACGAUUUGUAGCUGGUCUUGGAUACGGUCUAUCGAAUAGUGUGUCCAAAGUGGCAUCUUCGAUGGCUUCUGGAGUAGGAGCCCUGACUUUCGAUCAAGAUCAUGAACUCAAAAGAAGGCACAAUAUGAUUCGAUCGCAUUCAUCGUCAUCCACUCCUCUCACUCAUCUGUAUUCUGGAGUCAAAGGAUUGGGAGUUGGUGUAUUAGGAGGUGCAACUGCAAUGUUCACCAAUGUGGCAUCAGAGAGUCGAAAAAGUGGAAUCAUGAAAGGAAUGGUCUGGGGAGUGGCUACCGGCGUUGUGGAUACUGUAACAAAACCAGUCCAGGGAGUUUUCGAUUUUGUUGAAGGAACGGCAUCGGCUAUGAAGGAAUUGGCUAUGCCAGCCACUGGAGUAAGACGUGCCACAGCACAAUUCCGGGUACGCACACCCCGUCUAUGCCGGAAUCUUUAUCAUCUAUUGCCGGCUUACAAUCCCAAUCUAGCUCAUGCUCAGAUGGAGUUACUCCGCAUUAAUGGAUACUCGUCUAGAGAACAACUUCUUGACGUGGAAACUUGCUUAGAGCACAUCGAUGCAUCUAAUGUAGAUCGCGUUGUUCGUCAGUAUGUGCUUAUCUCCACAAAGCAAUGUUACGUAUGCAGACAGACAAAUGGUGAAAAUUCGAUUGUUAUCCAGAGAAUCGCUUACAAGUUUUUGAAAAGUGUCGUUGCUAAGCCACCACUUGAGAACACAUUUGCCAGUAUUGAAGUGAGCCUUGACAUGGAAGAUGCACGUCUUCGCCAAAUCCAUGUAUGGUGCAGUCGAAUGGAUGUUGCCCGUCGUCUUGCCGACAAGAUGCAGAGAGCUAAACAGCUCUACGACCACAACAAACGAACAUUAAAUGAUGUGGCAUGGGCAAAAUCUCUUGGUGAUUCAGAUCAGAGACCCGAUCAUCGCUAA